AUGUCCAAUUCCAACAAUAUAAUGGUUUCUGGUUUGCCAAGAGGCACAUGCAAGGAAUCCUCAACUGUCAAAACCACUUUCAAGCUCAAGAUUCUGACAUCAUCCUUGUCACUACACCCAAAUCAGGCACCACAUGGCUCAAAGCCCUUGCUUUUGCCAUUCUCAACCGCUGGACCCAUUAUCCAAUUAGUCCACAUUUGGACGACUCAGCUCAAACUUGUCGUCCUCAUCCUCUCCUCACAACUGAUCCUCACGACCUCGAACCCUAAGGACCUGUUUGUUUCAGGGUGGCAAUUUGCAAACAAGAUAAGAUCUGAAACCCGAGGGUCAAUUUCAAUCCAGGAUUCAUUCGGCAAGUUAUGGAAGGAGUCAUUGGUUUUGGGCCGUUCUGGGAUCAUAUGUUGGGGUACUACAUGGAGAGUUUGGAGAGGCCAGAGAAGAUAUGCUUUUGAGGAUGAAGAAGAGAAUGGUAAUGUUGUGGAAAAUAUAUUGAAGCCUUGUAGUCUUGAGAGUUUAAGGAAUUUGGAAGAAAAUAAGAGUGGGAAAACGAAAUUUGGGGUAGUGAAUAAUGCUUACUUUAGACAAGGAGCAGUUGGAGAUUGGCAGAAUUUUCUCGCAUUAGACAUGAUGAAACGAUCAUGA